UUUUGUUCACAUGUUCAGUUGUUGUCACCCAAUUUUGGAAUGUACAAACAACAAAUGAUGUGAUAUGAACCUUGCCAUUUUUCAAACUUGGAAUGACAAAAAAAUCCAACCUAUUGAUUUUUCAAAAGUGUUGUGGCAAUUCUGAAUACCCUUCAUAUUGGCAUCCCCUGUUGGAAGAUAGAGAAAUAGACUGACAAAUUUUCAGAACUAAUUCUUGGGACUGAAGCUAGAUCAAAGGUAAUCCUGAUUGCCGGACUUGUCGAUCUGAGGAAACAGGGAUUUCAUGCCAGGUGAUAGAUCAAAAAUCGAGAGCCGAAGACAGGUGAUCUUGAGAGCAUUAGAAGGCUUGCGCCAGACAAUUCUUAAUAGCAACUGAGUGGCAUAUUUUGCUAGGCUUUACCCCCAAGAAUAUCAAGAUGACAUUCUCUGGCACACAGGACAAGUGCAAGGCUUGUGACAAGACCGUUCAUUUCAUUGACCUCCUUACCGUGGAUAGCAUUCCCUACCACAAGUCCUGCUUCAAAUGUAGCCAUUGCAAAGGCACCCUUUCGAUGUGCAACUACUCCUCCAUGGAUGGAGUUCUUUACUGCAAGACUCAUUUUGAGCAGCUUUUCAAGGAAACAGGCACCUUCAACAAAAAAUUCCCCACAUGUGCCAAGGCAAACAAUGAGCAGUCUAAGGUACCAAACAAGUUAUCUUCUGUGUUCUGUGGAACUCAGGACAAGUGUGCUGCCUGCAAGAAGACUGUGUACCCAUUGGAGAAGAUGACCUUGGAGGGCGAGCCCUACCACAAGACCUGCUUCAAGUGCGCCCACGGCGGCUGCCUCCUGACGACCGCCUCCUACGCGUCCCUCAACGGGAUCCUGUACUGCCAGCACCACUUCUGGCAGCUGUUCAAGGAGACGGGCAGCUAUGACAACUUGCUCAAGCCUGCCGCCUCGGCCAAGAACAACGAUGAACCGGAGGCCACCAAGGAAGAGGUGUCGCCCGAGGACCAGCCGCUGGAAGCCGUAGAGGAUCAGGAGCACUCUUAAGAACUUACACGUGAACAGUUACA